AUGCCUUCAUUCGACAACGUCGAGGAGUAUCUCGCAUCGGUGGAAGAAUACUUUCAUUCUUCCCUGACUGCAGUGACCCACAGUCUACCAGAUGUACACGAAGUCGUCAAUCAACUCUGGAUUGAUAUCUCGCGAUAUGGUCCUGGAAUGCCAGGGUUCCCAGAAGUGACUAUUCCAAGUCUUGGUGACUUCCAGGUUCCUCCUCCACCUCCACCCCAACCUACUGUACCAUCGAACUGGGUCUCCCAAUCUACAGACUGGAUAGGACGUCAUCCAUGGAAGGCAUCUGGGAUCGUCUUUGGGGUCGUGGGUGCCGGUUUACUGGUUGGGUAUCGUGAUACUCUCCUCAGGCGCCAGAAUCAGAAGGCUUUCCAUGUUGCUAAGAAAGCGCAGUCUAGUACGGAGCGGCGGCAGAUUGUAGUCGUUCUUGGAGGGGACACACCCUAUGCCCUCCCAUUAAUUAUUGACCUCGAAAAGAAAGGCUAUAUUGUUAUUGCAAGCGUCUCUACGCCAGAGGCUGUCGACACUCUCGAGGCUAGCUGCCAGGGAUACGUUAAAGCUCAUGUUCUAGAUCCCUUCGAGCCUGCAACAGUCCCUAUCUUCUUACGUUCCCUGUCGGCGAGUCUUUCGAGGAAGUUUCCUAUCAAAGCCGCAGGAGAUCCGUAUGCCUCCCCGUCCUCGUUGCCGUAUAUCCACUCCAUAAUCUCUCUCCUCACGUUGUCGGCACCUGUACCAGCUGUCAACGCCCCACUGGAACACAUAUCACUUCGGGAUACUUAUUUGCCUUACCUCACCGCGACACAAAUCACACCAUUGCAAGUAAUUCAAGCUCUACUGCCAUUACUCCGCACCGUCUCUGCACGCAGCAGGGACAAAGGCAAAAAGUCCAUCAUAGUAUGCCUUCCUGCAACAGACGCCCGUGUUGGCCUUCCUUUUGCAUCGGUGCAAGCCAUGAGCGCAGCUGCUACGCUCAGAGGAGUCGAAAUCUUACGACGAGAAAUUCGUAUCGCAUCAAUGACAGAAAAGUCAGAUUCUAUGCAAAAUAUAAACGUCGUUGUUGUCGAUGUGGGCACAUUCAACACUGAUUUAUCAUCGGGAUCUCUUCCUCCUGAAGGCAUUUAUAAAUCGAUGGAAAAUUGGAGUGCAUCUGAGAAGGUUGUCUAUGGACCCGCUUUUAUUGGCGUUAUGGGUGAAAGGCCCUCACCCACCUCUCAUUUGGAGCGCAUACGUUCAGUUUUCAAGCAGCGCUACACAUAUGGCUUACCUCGGCAGCCCACCGAUUUGUCGGUAUUUGCAAACAAUCUCAUUCGAGUUGUCAGCGGAGGUCGUUAUGGUCCAACUUUAUUCGGUUUUGGUCUCGGGUUGGGUCGUUUCCAGAAUUGGAUUCUUGGGGAACGAUUUUCCAUCGGUGCAGGUGCGUCUACAUACAAAGUCGCAUCUCAUCUCCCCACUGUUUUGCUUGAUGGCUUGUUAAGCCUCCCCCAUUUCUUAAUCUCCAUCCGCAAUCGUCUUUUGCCAACACAACCAUUCCGCGACCCUCCCACUGAUCUGCCUCCUCCCGUAACUGCCAAACAGACAAAGUCUGUAGUAUCUGAGGUCAAGGAGGAUAAAGACGCCUCUUCAGACCUAGAGAUCAGCUCUGAUGCGGACGUUGAGAGCAACACCGGUGACACAGUGGAGAGCAGCUGGGUCAGCUUGAAUAAGCACACCUCUGAAGCCUGA